AUGAGUCUGCGUAGCCUCUUGUUCUCAGAAUCGGCAAAAUCUUGGAUAAGACGGUUCUUUAUUGCAUCAUACUUGUCUUGUGCUGGAGGUGAUCCUAUAAUGUCCGCAACAUUUCGUAGUUUAGAACCAUCUAAUGAGCCAAUCACGAUACUCAAGGAGUUGAAAUUAGUAAAAGAAAGUAACAUUGACGUUAUAGCAAAAUUCCACACACUCAUGAACAUGAUGGAAAAGAGAAGCGAUACAGCAGUUUCUGAUAACUGCUUUCCCAUCAAGACGUUUGAAGAAUUGGGGAAUAUGGACGCACUUUGUGCAACUAAAAGUGCUCAAUAUGCUAAAUUAAUAAAAUCCAUUAUUCAACCGGAGGGAAUAAAAAAAAACUUACAUCGAAUCAUCGAUCGAACGUUAGUUUUGGAGUUAAAUUAUGAUGAAAUUGGCACCAAAAAAGCAUUUAAGGAAUUUAAAUUCUUAAAUGCUUCAAUAUUCGAAGCCUUGCAAAAAGAUGGCUAUACAGAAAAGGAGUAUAUUUCGGAUAUACGAAUAGCCAUAAAGAAUGUUAAAGGAAUUCAUUAUAAACAGCAGUGCAACGACCGGAAGAAGCGCAGAGUGGAAGAAACCAGCAAAUAAUUUUUAUUUAUUUAUUUAAUAUUUAUAAUAAUAAAAAAA